CUUCACUGUUUUCUUCACCGAUGUUAACAUCAUCAAAUUAUCGUGGAACCUCUACUACACCAUCUUCUCCAAUAUCUACAUCAAAUGAAACAUCAUCCAUUUCAAUGUUUGCAUCAUCACCUUUUUCAACUUUAACGAAUCAUGAUCGACGAAAUUCUAAUAUUUCAUCACAAACGCGUCCUUUAACAAAUUUUGAAUUGGACAUAACAGAUGAAAUGAUACGGGGAAGAAAUUUGAAAGGCAAAAUUUUGAAUAAUAAAAAUAAGAUGAAUGAGG